GUGAUAUCAUCGUGCACUCUUCAUAUAUAAAACUCACUUGCAACUUCUCACGCUAAAACCCUAGCAGUGGCUGCCGUCUUGCCUUCAAGGUAAACAGUUAGAGUUUAUUAGUGUAUAGGGUUUCUUUGGUCCCAAAUGGCUCCAGCUAAAGUUGAUCAAACAAAGAAGUCUGACCCAAAGGCUCAGGCCUUGAAGACUGCUAAGGCUGUGAAAUCAGGUUCAACGGUCAUUAAGAAGAAGUCAAAGAAGAUAAUUACAAAAGUUACAUUUCACCGACCCAAGACAUUGAAGAAGGAUAGAAAUCCCAAGUACCCACGGAUUAGUGCUCCUUCAAGGAAUAAACUUGAUCAUUACCAGAUUCUGAAAUAUCCCCUCACCACUGAAUCUGCAAUGAAGAAGAUUGAAGAUAACAACACCCUUGUUUUCAUUGUUGACAUUCGUGCUGACAAGAGAAAGAUCAAGGAUGCAGUCAAGAAAAUGUAUGACAUCCAGACCAAGAAAGUCAAUACUCUUAUCAGGCCAGAUGGGACCAAGAAGGCAUAUGUUAGGUUAACACCUGAUUAUGAUGCUCUUGAUGUUGCAAACAAAAUUGGGAUCAUCUAAGUGAUUGGCUCUUCAGUUUUGAGGUCAUGCUUGGAAGGAUUGGACUUUUAGGCAUUCAGGCUUUUUGUAGAACCAAAUUCAUUUUUGUUUUCCAUUUUGAUGUUCAAAGAUAUGGUUUAUUGCUAAGUAAUAUUAGACCUGGGUAUCUUGUAUAACCUAAAAUUUUGUUUGUUGGCUUGCAUUUAUGGUUUCCCAUUCA